AUGAAAGCUGCCGGUCUCCCCUCGUUCUUCCUGAGCGCUCUGCUCUUUUUUGCGGCGCAGCCCUCGGACGCGGGGAGCCCCCGGUCGGGCUCCUCUCGAGCCGUUCAGCCGCUGCAGCGGGACGCCCCGAGUUUCUCCCGGCUGCAGAGGAAGAGCCUGUCGGUGGAUUUCAUCGUGCCUUCCCUGUUCCGAACCUACGUGCGGGAGCUGGUGCUGGGCGGCGGCGGCGGAGAAGCCUUGGGCUGGUUCAAGGCACGUUGCAACCUGGUGCUCGACUGCCCGCCCCUCCUGCGCGCCGCCCGCUCUUGGCUGCCCCGGAGCGGAGCGGUUCAACCGGCGGCGGGCCGAGCCAGAGCGCCGUCCAAGGUGCUGAAAGGGGGCUUGGUGCGGAAGCUGCGCCGCGCCAAGCAGCUGGUGCUGGAAGUGGGAGAAGCCAGCCUGAGGGAAGGCUGUGCUUGGGAUCCUGCCGGGGAAGGAAUCGAGGCAGAGGCGGGCCAGCUCGACUUCAACCUCACCGAGCUCUUCAGCUGGUGGAUCCGCUCUGGAGAAGGCAGGCUGAGGAUCCGGCUGAUGCCCGAGAGGAAGGCGUCUUUCCUGGGCAGAGAGAGCAGCUUGUCCGCCGCGAUCAGAGCCUCCAAGCCCCGCCUGUCUUUCCAGAUGUCCACGAGAGGUCUGAGCAUGCUGGAAUCUCCCACAAAUAUUCCUCCACUUACUUUGGAUUUUCCUGCUUGGAAUUUGUCUUGGGUCAUGAAAGAUUCCUCUCCUUCCUUCAUUCCCAGAGGACGGCACUUUUUCGACUGCAAUUUUGAAUUGCCUUGUGAUCUAGAAUAUUCUCCACCAUUGAGGGAGGGUCAUAACAGGUCAUGGCACAGAGUGAGUGCAGAUGAGCUCUCACAACUGCAUCUUCCAGAUGGUCCAGAAAGGGAUUACUCUGAAGAGUCAACAAAAGGUUCAUUCUUGUACCUUCGUACGUCACAAAGCAUGAACUUCCUCAUUUUGAGCCCUUGGCUGAGAAGCAGUAGUGAAGACUGCACUGUCCAAGUAGCUGUCUACAGAUACCCCCAACAAAGUGGGGUGUAUAUUGCUCAGGUCCUGCAGGUCAAUGAAAGCAACAUAAAAAUCCCAUUGACCCCAAGCAAUGAAAAACACGGAUGGGUGCUUCUACAGGAAACAGUUGGACACCUUGAGACACCAUUUCGAAUCUCUUUGGAAUAUAUUUCUAGUGGGAACCAAAGUGUAGCUGCCAUUGAUUCAUUUGCUAUGAAGAACUGCAGCACAGGCUCUCCUUCUGCUCCCAAAAUGGCACUACAGAGUUCCUUCUGUUGCCGGAAUGGAACAGUGAUCAAGCUUGGACAGGUGUGUGAUUUCAUCAGGGACUGCAAAGAGGGAGAAGAUGAGGGGCAACUGUGCAAAAAACUUCCCUCUGGCUUCUACUGUUCCUUUGAAGAUGGAGACUGUGGCUGGACUCAGAGUUCAUCAGCCUCCCAAGAGGCACAUUUGUGGCGGAUUGGAAAUCUACAGCAUAACCAGUUCUGUAUUCUGAAAGAUUGUUCUCUUUUGCUUAACACCAGUGAGAGCUCAGCUGCAGAAGCAGUUGUAGUGGCAAGUGCUACGUUUCCCUCACCAAUGAAAAACUCUCCCUGUGAGCUUCGAAUGUCAUGGCUCCUCCACGGUGUCUUGCUUGGAGAUGUUUCUCUGGUCCUUGUCGAGAAUAAGACUGGGAAGGAGCAGAGCAGGAAACUCUGGCACUUUGAUAACAGAAAAGGACUGGGGGUCUGGCAGAAGGUGGUCAGGCCUCUCACUGAUGUGUCAGACAGGUUUUGGUUUCAGAUUAUAACUUCCUGGAAAGUUGGAUCAGAAGCCAUCAUUGCUUUUGAUAAUGUGUCUCUCAGCCUGGACUGUUACUUAACAAUUAAUGAAGAGAGGACACCUCGAGACAAAAGUCCAGAUGUAGGCAACCUGUUGACCGAAAGGCGUGGUCAUCAUGUGAGCGAAGCUGGGAGUUUGGGAAGUCCAAAGUACAUUUUCAAUGGCACAUUUGACCUGGCAGUUCAUUGGCUAUUCACCACUUGUGGUGCCAGCGGACCUGAAGGGCCUGUCCAGACUCAAUGCAAUGAUGCUUACAGGAACUCCAACCUCAGUGUAGUGGUAGGGACAGAGGAAAAUUUCCCAGGUGUUCAGAUUUGGAGAGUGCCUGAGACCAAUACUUACAGCAUCUCAGUGUAUGGGGCAGCUGGUGGCAAAGGGAAAAACACCAUAAUGAGGUCACAUGGUGCUUAUGUGGUGGGGAUUUUUAAACUCCAGAAGAAUGAUGCCUUGUACAUUUUGGUGGGGCAGCAAGGAGAAGAUGCCUGUCCUAGUACCAACCACAUCAUACAGAAAGUCUGCAUUGGAGAAAAUAAUGUGGUUGAAGAUGAAAUUAAAGCAAAUAAGAGCAUCCAUGAAUGGGCAGGAGGAGGUGGUGGCGGUGGAGGAGCAACUUAUAUAUUUAAGAUGGAGAAUGGAAAGCCAGUGCCCUUGAUCAUUGCAGCAGGAGGUGGUGGCAGGGCCUACAGGGCAAAAGUGUAUACAUUUCAUCCAGAAAGACUGGAGAAUGAUACAUCUGUCCCAGGAGUCAAUGGAAAACCAGGAGCAGCAGCAUAAAAGGUCAAGGGCAUAUCUGCUCUACAAAUGAUAUUAUACUACAAAUAUAAACAGGUGGCGGUGGUGGCUGGAGUGAUAACACUUCCUUCCUCUGGUCUGGAAAGUCCUUGCUGGAAGGCGCUACCGGUGGAAAAUCCUGCCCCCAGGCCAUGAAGAAGUGGGGGUGGCAACGCAGCAGAACUUAAUGAUCCAGAGGUGGAUGGAGAGGAUGGUGUGUCUUUUAUUAAUAACAAAUAUGGGUCAUUGUAUACCCCAGCUUUAAAAGUGACAGAAGGACAUGGAGAAGUUGACAUUAGGCUGCAUGUGAAUUGUAGCCACUGUUAUAAUGACAUGUGCCAUGUGGAUAUAAAGACCCAAGAAAUCAUUUGCAGUUGUGCUCAUGGGUAUAUGUUGGCUGAUGAUGGCGACUCUUGCAUAGCUGAACCAAUACUGCCUAAGAACAGUCCCCCUCUCUCCUUGGUCUUGUCUGUAGUAACAUCAGCCCUGGUUGCUGCACUUAUUCUGGCCUUCUCGGGGAUCAUGAUAGUGUACCGUCGGAAACAUCAGGAACUGCAAGCCAUGCAAAUGGAGUUACAGAGUCCUGAAUACAAACUCAGCAAGCUGCGCACCUCCACCAUUAUGACUGACUACAACCCCAAUUAUUGCUUUGCAGGAAAGACCACUUCGAUUAGCGACCUGAAAGAGGUGCCUCGUAAAAAUAUUUCUCUGAUAAGGGGAUUGGGCCAUGGAGCCUUCGGGGAGGUGUAUGAAGGCCAAGUGAUUGGAAUCCCCAGUGACCCCAGUCCCCUGCAAGUAGCUGUAAAAACUUUGCCAGAGGUUUGUUCAGAGCAAGAUGAGUUGGAUUUCCUCAUGGAAGCUCUUAUUAUCAGCAAGUUUAACCAUCAGAACAUCGUUCGCUGCAUUGGUGUUAGCUUGCAAGCACUGCCACGCUUUAUUCUUCUAGAGCUUAUGGCUGGAGGAGACUUGAAAUCUUUUCUAAGGGAAACACGACCUAAACCGAGCCAUCCCUCCUCCCUGAGCAUGCUGGACUUGCUUCAUGUGGCUCGUGAUAUUGCUUGUGGUUGUCAGUAUUUGGAAGAAAAUCACUUCAUCCACAGAGACAUUGCUGCUCGAAAUUGCCUCCUCACUUGUAAAGGACCUGGGAGAAUAGCAAAGAUCGGAGAUUUUGGGAUGGCCCGGGACAUAUACAGGGCCAGUUAUUAUCGAAAAGGAGGGUGUGCAAUGCUGCCAGUCAAGUGGAUGCCACCUGAAGCAUUCAUGGAAGGGAUAUUCACAUCUAAAACAGACACCUGGUCAUUUGGAGUGUUGCUGUGGGAAAUAUUCUCUCUUGGAUAUAUGCCCUACCCCAGCAAAAGCAACCAGGAGGUCCUGGAAUUCGUAACAAGUGGAGGAAGGAUGGACCCGCCCAAAAACUGCCCAGGCCCUGUGUAUCGGAUAAUGACUCAGUGCUGGCAACACCAGCCUGAAGACAGGCCAAACUUUGCCAUAAUAUUGGAGAGGAUUGAAUACUGCACCCAGGAUCCUGAUGUAAUCAACACUGUGUUACCUGUGGAAUAUGGCCCAUGCAUUGAGGAAGAGGAAAAGGUCCCAGUGCGGCCAGAAGACCCUGAAGCAAUCCCUCCUCUGCUUGUCUUGCCACAGCAAGCCAAAAAGAGUGCUGAACCGCUCUUGCCUUCCCCACCCUCUCUGGCCUUAGCCAUUCCUGCAGGAAAACCACUAGUGAAAGCAGUCAAGGCAGAGCCGGCCAUCCAUGCUAAUACACAAGCAGCCCUGGAAGGGGGACAUGUCAACAUGGCAUACACUCAGUCCAAUCCCUCUACUGAGCUACACAAAGGGCGGGGGUCCAGAAACAAGCCCACCAACCUCUGGAACCCAACAUAUGGCUCCUGGUUUUCAGAGAAACCAGUUGUUAAAAACAAUUCUCAGAUGGAGAAAGAGACAACAGAGAGGGAAAGUUCAGGGCAUGAAGGGAACUGUACUUUGGGGCCCAGCAUUGUGACUGGAAGGCUGCCAAGCUCCUCCCUUCUUCUAGAACCAUCUUCGCUGACAGCCAGUGUAAAGGAAGUGCCUCUGUUUAGGCUUCGCCAUUUCCCCUGUGGAAACGUUAACUAUGGAUAUCAACAACAGGGCUUGCCCUUGGAAAUCUCGGCCCCACCUUGUGCCAGCAGUUUCGAGGACCCUCUCCUUCGGAACAAGAUCCAUGUAACUCACCAUGGGCCUUGAAAGCCCUAUGCCCUCUCUCUUCCUAUAUGACUCGUGAGCCUUGGAGCAAACUUCAGUGUCACCAGUCCAUGAGAACAGAACAAGAUUCC